GAGAGAGACAAACCUUCACCCCUUGAUUGGCGAGAUUCCUCCGGAACUGGCAGAAGGCGCCAGCGGCCGCCCAAGGCGCCAAUUGAAGCAUUCCAGCACCACCCCUGAGCUAUGUUCCUGCGCUGAGUUCCUGAGCUUUGAAGUUUGAGCAGCUAGCGCGAAGUGUCGAUCAGACAGAUUGUAGGCGUAGCGUUGGCAGUGGGCACCCUCCAUAAAAGCAGAAAGGCGCUGACACUGGCAGUUUCAAUCUGUUCCGGGCUGGACACUCUCAAGUGGAAUCCAAGAGCAAGCCACUUGCACAAUGCACAGUUCUUAGAGGAUGUUCGAUUUGUGAGCCAAAGCUUACUUGGUUUUCUUCAAGAUACUAUAGUGUAAGACUUUGGAAGUACGUAUGCCAGCUUCUCUAUCUAAGUUGGUUUGGUCUUAACCUUCUGGGCCUGAAGUUCUAGAACCAGUCUCACAUUAUAGUAGGAAAGGCCUUGGUUCUGAUGCAAAAGUAGCCUUCAAACACCUGGCAAUCAAGUUGGGGCAGAAACAUGGGCAAGAAGGGUUUUGGCGCCGCAGCUGCCACAUUUGGGAAGGGCGAUCUUCCCGGGUUCGUGAAAAGAUCAGGGAGUUCUAGUUCCCUGGCCAACUCUGCUGGAAGUGACACCGGCACCGACAGAGAGCUUGGGCAGGGGUGGGAAGCGGAUGGUUGGGACUUUGACAACGAAGACGAUGCUUGGCUGGACGGAGGGGCAGAUGUGGCAAAAAGAACGGCGGCAAAUGGAGCGGGGUCGAAAAAACCAGCAUCGAGAGAGAAUGGGGGUACGAGCACAUCAGGCCGGCCGCCUCUGUCCAAGCCAAGCACAAAACAGUCAAAAGACGGCCGGCUGGGAGCUCUCCGCCUUACCAAGAAGAAAGAAGAACCAGAGAGCAGGACUGCUUCAGAGCUUGACGUGUGGAACGACGACCUGGAUGACCUGGAAACAGCGGGGCUCUUGAGCGAUACAACAGGCAGGAAGGCAGAGCCGGAGGCAGCCGGAACGUCGUCGGGGGGCUUCUGGAGGGAGGUCUGGGUGCAGGCCUCGCUGGCGGCCCCGAUCGCACUGCUACAGGUCACUUGGUUUGGGCGCAUGGUCGCCUCCCUCUAUUUCAUCGGCCACCUGGGGGGGGACGAGCUUGCGGGGGCAGCUCUCGCCAUCACCUUCUCCAGCGUGACGGGGUACUCUCUGAUGUUCGGCCUAUCAGGCGGCAUGGACCCCCUGUGCGCGCAGGCCUUCGGAGCGGGCGAGUAUGGCGCGCUCGGGCUGACCCUCCAGCAGGGGUGGGCCGUCCUGACUGUGACGUGCCUCCCCAUCCUGGCGCUCUGGCUGAACCUCGAACCGCUGCUCCUGCUGCUGAGACAAGACCCGAUGCUCGCGCACAAGGCGGGGACGUAUCUGCGGUUCCUGUCGGCCGACCUGUUCCUGGCGGCGUGGGCGCAGCCGCUGAGGUCGUAUCUCCGCUCCCAGCACAUCGCUCGCCCCAUGGCCGCCGCCGCUCUGCUCGCCUUCUCCGGCCACAUCCCGUUCCUCUACCUCUUCGUCACCUACCUCAAAUUCGGCGCCCCGGGGGCGGCCAUCGCCAACACGAUCACCAGCUUCAACUUCGUCCUCACGCUCUUUAUCUACGUGCAAUGCUUCCCUGGUCCGCACCGGAAGGCCUGGGCGGGUUGGUUCGUGUCGGCUCUCGACCCCCGCGGGUGGGGCCCGUUGUUACGGCUAGCGUUGCCGGCAUGCAUAGCCACGUGUCAGGAGUGGUGGGCGUACGAGGCUAUGAUCAUCAUGUCCGGCUAUCUUGCGCGGCCUGAUGUUACGGUCGCGUCCAUGAGUGUGGUCAUGAACUGUAGCUCGCUGUUCUUCAUGCUUCCGCUAGCGUUGUCCUUCGCGGCCGCGGCGCGGGUUGGGAAGGAACUAGGGGCGGGGCGGCCGCAGGGCGCGAAGACCGCGGCGAAGGUGGCGGUCGGGUUCGGGGUCCUCGCGGGGCUGCUCAUGUUCGCUCUCAUCGAGACGCUGCACAACAAGAUCAGCCGGUUCUUCACGAAGGACGAGGAAGUCAUAGCACUCGUCUCGAAACUGUUGGUCAUUCUGGGGAUCACCGAGCUCGGAAACGCCCCGCAAUCGCUAUUGUCGGGCAUCCUGAAGGGGGCAGGGCGGCCGACUAUCAUAGCUUGGUUAGGCCUAGUGACCUACUAUAUCCUUGCUCUUCCAUUAGCGAUAACCCUAGUUUUUGUCUUGCACUGGGAGGCUCAAGGGUUCUGGUGGGCACUCGUCUUCUCGCAGAGCUUCCAAGCCAUUGUGCUAGGAGGGUUUGUAGUCUCGCAGGACUGGGAUGACCUAGCGGAUAGGGCGAGGAAGUUAGCCGAGGUUCAGGGUGAGCAAGCAAAUACUGCAGUUAUUGCUCUUGCUGCAACAGCAGCAGGAGAGCACGGCGGGCAGAAGUAUUCCAUAGCCGAUGAUCUUGACGAUGAUAUGCUCUAACUUCUAAGCACGCUAAUGAAGAUCUAAGAAUCUGUAGGUCGAGGUCUGCUGAUCGUCGAGGUAUUCGCUGCAAAUCAGAUGAUGAAGCGCUUAAUCAUUGACUUGAGACAGGAACCGUAAACUUCGACCGUUAUACUUUGUUCAACAGUACCAAGUGCUUUAAUCCUUGUAGUUUGAAGCCGCCUCCCAAGUUGAAUCAAGCGCAAGUUUGCUACAGCACGUGACGACCAAAACUCCCGGCCCUCACCUACU